UUCUGCACUUCCUGGCAGGGCUGUCGCUUUUGCAGAAGAGAGCGAGAGAGAGAGAGAGAAGAGAGCACACCUGCCUGGCACUGCGUCACGAGCAACAGGCUCUGCCCUUGGGCCCCUUCACCCCACGGAAAAGAGGGCCCAGCAGGGAGAUGCGUCGCGGGGCCCUUGUCGCAGCCUUGCUGGCCCUUCUCUCUGGCCCUGCUUGCAGCAGCGUUGCCAACGAGAUCAGAGUGGACGUCUGGAAGGGCACCGUGACCCUCAGCUGCCCCACAGAUGCAACAAUCCAGUGUAGCAAUCAGAAGGAGCAUCGCAACCCUUUGAUCCUCACGGAUAUUGUCGAGCGCAGGGAAGAGUGUACUUGCGGAAGCAGCAAGCUCUUCCUGAAGGUCAAAGUUUGCCAGGACUGCGUGGAGCUGGGCCUCGGGCUCCUGGCCGGAAUCAUCGUCUCGGACCUCCUCCUGACCCUGGGGGUCCUCUGCCUGGUCUACUUUUGCUGCAAGAACCGCAAAGCCCGCUUCCGGGGAGGAGACGGCGUGGGAGCCGCCCGUGGGAGGCCUCCGGGCCCGAAGGCGGAUCACCCCCCACCCGUCCCAAACCCAGACUACGAGCCUAUCCGGAAAGGCCAGCGGGAGGUCUAUGCCGGCCUGGGGGGCAGGGCCUUCUGAGAGAAACAGAGAGAGACCAGCCAGCAGCAAUGGACAUCAGUCAAGAGACCCACUUGGGAGGCAAGAGCCGUGACCCACAGACCGUUGUUCCUGGCCUCCUUGGUCCCACUGGCCUUGGCUCCUAAGACCAGAGUGUCCUCCUUGGCGACAGACCCCACAUUUCAGACUGCAAACUCCCUCCAAAAUAUACAUACAUUCAUAUAUACAUAUACAUACAUACCGUGUUUCCCCAAAAAUAAGACAGUGUCUUAUAUUAGUUUUUGCUCCCAAAGAUGCUCUAGGUCUUAUUUUCAGGGGAUGUCUUAUUUUUCCAUGAAGAAUUCACAUUUGUUGUUGAACAAAAAAUGAACAUUUAUUAUAUACUGUGCAGUAGUUGUCAUCAUAAACCAGCAUAACCAGACAAACUGUGAAUCCUAUCAAGAAUUUCUUGUUACUACCAAUAUUUCCAUGUACAACACUCUAUGGUCUGUAUAUUUACCGAUCCCGCAUGCUCUGGUGUUCUGUUCGCCGGGCAUGCUUCCAAACAAAAACUUUGCUAGGUCUUACUUUCGGGGAGGCCUUAUAUUUAGCAAUUCAGCAAAACCUCUACUCGGUCUUAUUUUCUGGGGAUGUCUUAUUUUAGAGGAAACAGGGUAUACAUAUAUAUAUGGGUGUGUGUUUCCCUUUGGUUUUGCUUACAAGGCAAAGUGUGUUAAUAAAAAUAACUGAUCGUAGCCAAAA